CUUUUCCCCUCCUUCCCUCCCUCCGGUCCUCUCUCUAAGAAGCUUUCUCGAAUUGAGGCCAUUAAACCAGCCCGGUUCAUCCCCGAUGCUUUGUCCCCAGGAGGCUCCGGUUCACCUCCAGCUCCCGGUUCUCGAGACUGGGUUCACUCCCGAUGAGUUGCAGGAACUCUUGUCGUUUCUUAACCAGCCAACAAGCCCAAACUCUGGCUCGGAGGGAUCGAAUCGGAGCGUGGGCUCCAUGGACGACGAGCGGAAGCGCAGACGCAUGAUAUCAAACCGAGAGUCCGCCCGACGGUCCCGCUGGCGCAAGAAGCGACACUUGGAGGAUCUCACAGAACAGCUGAAUCGAUUUACCGUAGAGAACCGCCAGCUCAAGAACCAGCUGAGUCACGUCAUAAACCGGUGUCACGUAGUCAGAACGGAGAAUGAACGGUUGAGAUCAGAAUGCAUCGCUCUAUUGGCCAGACUUUCUGAUCUUUGCCAGAUUUUGGUCAACAUGAAAUUAAUCCAAUAGUUAUUUAUCGUCACGGAAAAUUUCUCGGCGUAAUUAAAAUUUAGUGACCAUCUUAUACUGUAAAAACUCGGGAGAAUAAUACUAUCAGCUAGUUGAAAUUGGAUGUUCAUGACCAAUGACCACGUUCUCAGUCAGGAUUAGCUUGUUCUCUCAGCAUCUGCAUGUGAAAAGUCUAAAAUGCCCUUCCAAUUCUGUAUAAGAAAGUCUCUUUAUUGAAGAAGUUUCGGGGGUCUAUCUUGUCUUUCCA